CAAUGCUAUUAGGAAAGGAAAAAUGAAAUAAAAAAAACUCUACGAAUUUGUACGCAUCGGAAAAAUCAGUCAACCUUCAGUUGUAUAACCGUUAAGUGUUAAAAAAAUCGUUUGGUGUUUUGGUUUGAAUAAUGUUCUUAUUCACCAACGAGGUGUGCCGAUAUACAAGGACGUGCAAACCCUUUAAUUUCUCUAAUCUAAUCUGUGGUUUAUGUGUCCUCGCACUACUUUCACCGGUAGCUUGUGUAAACCCUAGUCCAACCGGUAUCUAUCGAUAUGAAGAGACUACGCCCAUGACAGCAGUAACCGAAUCGCAUUCAUCAGCUGAGUCUAUUCCACCACCACCACCACCAAUUGAUGAUUGUCCUGGAAUUUUUCUGGAAGAUUGGUCCUCUGAAUUGGGUAUUCCGGUAAAGUGGAUGCCAUCCAAUUUCAGUGAUGAACCCAUAUCAUCAAGACCGCUGUGCUUGGAUUCCAAUAUGCAAUUACAAGCAAAACAAUGCAGUAAAGACGCUGGGUGGAUGCCUUAUAAUAGAACCUGUAACCACACACUAGAAAGCUAUGACUUAGCUGAUAAAUGUCCACAUGGAUAUGAACUAGUCACUGAUGACAUUUGCAUAGAAUUACACUCAACAGAAGUGUUUCGCAGUGAAAUGUGUAGAGAGAACCUAUACCCGUUAACAAUAUUCAAUCUGACCAAUCACGAACUGGAUGCUCUGUUUACAUAUUUACGGAGAAAAUCUCGCGACGCAUUGUUUUGGCUUCCUGCCAUGCAUAUAAGUAAAUACAACACAUCUUUGCGAAUUGGAAAUAGUUACUCUAUUGACGACAUAGGGCUGCAAUGGACACUGCCCGCAUUUAACGGUGAACGUGUAGUUUUACAUGACAAUUUUCCGACUUGUAGUUACGAAUCCGACGGAGGCUGCCUAGCAUUCACACCGUAUUUGAACGGUGAUAAUAGAUUCAAUACGUCCAUUAUCAAUUGUAAUGGUAACUUUUGGCAUUCGUUUUGUUUAUUCAGAAAAAAUGAUACACUUCGUCCGCUUGCUUGUCCCGACGGUUAUGUUGCACCGCUGAUGCCUAUAUGGGAUGAAAUUCAUUGUUCAGCAAUUCACCACUUUGACCCAUUGCCCAUUACAGAAGUUUCAAACACACUUCUUCACGAAACUUGUCCGGAAGAGGAAGCUUAUCAGUUGAAUUCAGUUGCCUCGACAUUUAACUUCGAACUAUUAGCAAAACAUUCAAAUCUUUCGUUAUCUGACCGUUGCCUCUUUGGUCUUACUCCGCAACAUGUGGCAGUAAAUUCGUUAUUUUUCGUUAAUUCAAUAUAUGUACGUUGGCCCGAUUUUGUAAACUGGGAUCUAUCGAUGGGAUUACGUGAAUUCAAUGUGAAUUCAACAGAUAUUCUCGCCGCUAAUGAUCGUGGAAAGUGGUUGUGGGAAUCGCAUUGUGUUACAUGCAUUGUUUGCACCAAAAAAGUGUUAUAUAGGAGACCCGUUCUCGAACUGACGUACGACUCAAUCAGAGACAGGUUAACGCUAUCUAUUAUCAAUGUCAAUUUCCUGAUGCCAAGAUUCACAAAUAAUUUACCGUUUAUGUGUUUCGCUUUGGUUAACAGCCAGUAUACAUAUAACCUUAAGGCUGAUUUAAUAUCCACUAGCUGGAAUGAGCUCUAUGACAUCCAGCUGAUUGGUACAGGGCAAUAUUGGUGUCAUGGACAUGCUAUUCACUCAGCAGUUAGAAUAAAAACAGCAGACGUGUUUGCUCGCGUUACUGUUAUGAGUAUGAAUGCUGAAUUUGAGUGUCGAUCAGGGGGAUGUAGUAAUUUUGACAAUUUGUUCAGAGAUUUUUUGUAUUCAUGCAACUGGAAUGGACAUUUGAUAAUAAAUCCGGCUCAUAUUCGUUUAGAAAAUGUAACAAACAUGAUAGUUGUAUAUCCUGAUGAUCAUAACAGAUUCGCCAACAUUCUCUUCCACGUUAGUGUACAUGUAUUAGACGAAAAGGCGCUUUGUAAUGAAAAGAACGAACUGAAUCUGUCCGACGAGAUGUUGACAUCGUACUUCAUUCGACAGAAAUUCGUUCAAAUUUCCAAUCUGCAAAAUCAGCAUAUGAAUUUUCGAAUUCGUUCAGUAAAUUCAACCGAUUUUUGCUUGCCAUCAUCGAUAUCAACCCUGGCUGAAGUCAAUUGGCUGGGAGCGAGAAUCGGUGAGAGAGUUGAAUCGGUGGAAAAUUGCAUGGAUUCAAAUGGUAGGCCACUACAAAGAGAUUGUGUAGGGAAUGCAUUGCAUGGUGCACAGUGGGUGCGAUUAUCAUCCGAAAGAGAAUGUGUCAGAGAAGAGUCUUCCGAUUUAACAGACGAUUUGCAAUACUUAGUCAAUAACUUUGAACAUCCAGAUCAAACGGAGGACAUUAUUGAGAGAGUUAGACACCUGGUAGCUGACGCAAGCGAUAGAUUCGUCCGCAUGGACGUUUAUUUUGUUAGUAAAAUAGUGGGUAGGGCAACGAGUUUCUUGGACGAAAGAUCGUUUUCUAUGACAGAAUUGAAACAUUUGUUUGUGAUUUACAACAAUGUCAUGCAGAUCGACCACAAAGUGGCUAGAUCAUCUGCAGCCUUCAAUUCAACAAACGUUUUGUUGGAGUCGUUGGAUCUGACCCUCAUACACGAAGCUAAUGCAUUGUUCGCUUCGAGGAGAAGCGACCUCGAAGAAAUUCAAUUGGUUAAUGUAUCUAUCACAGCAGAAUCACUUGCAAUCAGUGACGAUCCUGGAAUUGUUAUUAGCACCUCUCCAAUGUUAAUUAAUAUCGUCAUCGAUCCAAUGUUGACGGACGUUAGUGGCGUCGCUGUAUUGAAACGUAAAGGCGGCUUCAGUUUCGACUCUGAUUCUGCAGGACUUGGAGAUUACUCCGUACAGAAAUUAUAUAGAAAUCAAUCCUCGAAUGAUUUACUAUCACAGCCCGAUUUACAUGUAGCUUCAUUUCUUCCAGAGAGUGUACUGGUAAGCAUACUAAAGAUGAGACCAGACGCUAAGCUCGUUUUUUCCAUAUUCUACAAUGACGUUCUCUUCCAGACGGUUGAUAAUGCGACAUAUAUUAAGUCUGACGGUAAAAUCAUUGCUGUGUCAGUGCCAGGGUUAAAGAAAUUGCCAGGUUGGCUUCCAAUUUAUGUGAAACCUGAGAGUUCGAUCAAUGAUUAUUGUGGCUACUGGGAUUUCAGUAGCACAGAUGGCUGGUCUGAGACCGGAUGUUUUCGAGCGGGCCAAAAUCCAAUGACGAACGUGGUCAUGUGCUCUUGUGAUCACCUAACCCAUUUCGCUUAUCUGUUAAAGGGCAACUCUUCACACUUUGAAGAGAUUCAUUUGAGAUCACUGCAGGGAAUCACAGUUCUGGGAUGUACGUUAUCGUUGAUUGGAAUUAUCGGCAUUUACAUUACAGCUAUGCAAUUCCGGUCUUGGCGCUCAAAGACCAGCACCAAAUACCUUCUUCAACUGUCAACAGCGAUUGCAUUCCAAAUGAUUUUGCUAGCGUUUGUGAACACAGCACCCACAACCCAAGCACUGUUGCUAACCAAUAAUGAGGCAUGGUGCAUUGUAAUUGGUGCACUUUUGCAUUAUUUCGUUUUGGCCAUGUUUUUCUGGAUGUUGAUCAUCGCGUACCUACAGUUCAUACGUUACGUUAUCGUCUUCCAUCAUGGUAAGACGCCUCGACUGUUGCUCAAAUCAUCCCUUCUCGGAUGGAGCUUACCGACCAUUCCAGUAUUAUUGGUCAUUGCCAUUGACCGGUACACGUACGUUCCCGAUUUGGAAUAUUCCGAAUCUCAGAUCUGUUAUCCAUCCGGCUAUUCUUUGUAUUUCGGCAUUUUGCUACCGAUUGGCAUUAUAGUCGGAGCGAAUCUGGUGAUUUUUAUCUUGGUCAACUACAAUUUGUUACGGGGAACAAAUGCUGUGUGCAAAUCCGGUGAUCGUACCACAAAAUUAUCUCAAUUGCGCCUGUCGAUUUUCCUGUUCUUCCUGUUAGGAUUAACAUGGAUAUUCGGUCUGUUAUCGACGGCUUUCUCUGAGACAAGCAUCGUCUUCUCGUAUCUAUUUUGUCUGACUUCUACGUUACAAGGAUUUGUUAUGUUUUUGUAUUUUGUUAUUCUGGAUCCGGUGGCUCGAAACUUGUGGAUCUAUUUCUUCAGGCGGUUGUGUUGUAGCAAGAAAGGUAUGAUUGACAUACGAAAAGAGAAUAGUUCAAAGGAUUCAUAUUGAACGAACAAAGUGCGGAAAAAUAAGAUGAAAUAUAGCACCGUCCAUCGUAGAAUAGAAUGUUAAAAAGAAAAUGAAUUCAAAUUUCAAAGUUCAAAAUGUUUUCGAAGGUUUGGUAGUACCACACUCCCAUACUUACGGAAAUGGUUCACAUCAUAAGCGUUAACAAUGUUAAUCUAUGACAUGUGACUACACUUAGUGUGGUGUCAAUUAAUUGUUAUGAACACAAUACCAUUUAGAGAGACACUUAUAGAAAUAUCGAAUUCCAGUAAAUGUAUGAAUUGUAUCAUCUAUCAAAUAUGGUGACCAAAUUGAACAUAGAUUUGCUUUUAGAAAUGAUAACGCAGCUCAUAGAUUUAUCAUUAGAUAAUCAUUUACAUCAGUAAUCCAAACGAAGUUUGAUUGAUGGAUAAACUAUCUAUAUGACAGUUUCAAUUAGUUUUUAAACAAAUAAAGUUUUAUGUAUCAACAUUGUAUUACGUAUAUAUCUAUAGUGGUUGUUUCAGUUGUUGUACAUACGUACCAUGUAAAUCGUUAUUGAAA